AUGGCAGCAAACAUUAACCACACUGGAGAGGGUCUUCUCUACCGCCGGAGAUAUCGGCCCAAUCCCAAANUGGCAGCUGGACUACAAAAUGAGGAUCUCCAUCUGUCGGACCAGUCUCUGUCUCUGCUACCUGAAUACCACCAGAGGAUCAAGGUGCUGCAGUCCCUCCAGUACGUGGACAGCAGCGGGGCGGUGCAGCUGAAGGGCCGCGUGGCCUGUCAGAUCAGCAGCCACGAGCUGCUUCUGACCGAGCUGCUGUUCGAGAACGUCCUGAGCCCGCUGGCCCCCGAGGAGAGCGCCGCCCUGCUGUCCUGUUUGGUAUUCACGCAGAAAACACAGGUGGAGCCGCACAUUACCAACACACUGCAGGAGGGUAUCGAUCGGGUGCUUUCAGUGGCCAAGCGUAUUGGAGAGCUGCAGAGGGAGUGUGAGAUACCGCAGACAGCUGAGGAGUUUGUUGGCCAGUUCAAGUUUGGCCUGACAGAGGUGGUGUACUGCUGGGCCAGAGGCAUGCCGUUCGCAGAGAUCGCCCAGCUGACCGACGUGCAGGAGGGCACAGUGGUCCGGUGCAUCCAGCGCCUGGACGAGGUGCUGAAGGAGGUGCGCCAGGCCGCCCGCAUCGUGGGAGACUCCGUCCUGGGUAGCAAGAUGGAGAAAGCCUCCCUGGCCAUCCGCAGGGACAUCGUCUUCACCGCCUCCCUCUACACCCACUGAGGAGAUGUGUUCUUUUGUCUGAAAGGUGUUAGAGGGAUGGCGAAACAUGUGGGGGAGGUGAAGUGGUGGUUUAUGUUAACAAGAAGUGCUGUAUGUGCCUACAAAACACGUCAAAGUUUACAUGAAAAUUCCUGACCAUGAAAAAAGGGAAUGAUUUUAACCACCAGACCAAGGUAGAGACUGUGGGAAUUAAAUCUUGAUUGUAAUUUAUUGUACAGUAAUAAAAUAAAUCUGUAUUAAAACACA